AUGUAUGCACCGCCGGAGAAGCCGGUGCUGGUGUCCCAGGCAUUCGAUGCCCAUGUCCCGAUCAUAAAGGACUCGGCAGCAAGAGCUUCAUCUGAAGCAAAUACGCGUCGUUUCUCAGCACCAGCAACUAGAGGUCUCGCCUCUGAAGAUUCUGCAUCGACAGCCCGCGUUUCAGCAACGGAGGCAACUUCUAGCAGGGCUGUACUUAUUGAAAAACGUACCGAUAACCAAAUCAAUGCUGCUCAUAGGAAGGCUUAUGUCUUUGCCACAACCUCAGCCGCCGCCCCUGGAGUUGUCACCGGUGCUGCCGUGACUACUCUUUGGAUUGUGGGGUAUAUUUAUGAUUUCGAGAGAGAGUUUGACACUGACUACACCUCUUCUUCUAAUUCUUCGUCAACUUCCUCCCGGAGCCUAUCCUUCACCGGUUCAUACCAUAGUUCUUCCUCUGGCACGUCAUCUGCAUCAGAUAGUGGUAGUAGCUCAUCAUCUGGGUUAGACACCGAUAGCAGCUUGUCUUCUGAGUCAGAUACUGAUGACAGCUCAUCUUCUGGAUCAGACGAUGACAGUAGUUCUGAUUCCGACAGUAGACUUUUAAGCAACUGGGAAAUAUCUGAAAACGUAUUCGACACUGAUAUGCAUGUCUUAGACUUAGAGGAGCUUGUCGGCUUUAGUGGCCCCGGGGUUUCGAAAAUAACGACGGCUGGAAUGACGAUGGUCAGGUUGGUGGGAAUAACGGCGGACAUAGUGAUUACCAGGUACAAUGAUGGAUCACAGGAUAAACACGAGGACCAGGACGAUAAGGAGGGGGAUGACAAUGACGACAUGCUGCUGAGGAAUUAG